AUGAAGGACUAUGAUGCGGGAAGAGAAGCAGCCAGGAGGCCAUGGAAUCAAAGACGCAGGUCCCCCAGAAGGGAUGAGGCCAAGCAUGAAAGUUCCAACACACAAGGAACUAUCAACGUAAUUUUCGGAGGAUACACAGAAGAAUUUCCUACCAUUCGAGCCGCCAAGGAUAUCGUCCAUACUCUACUGAAGGGGCCACCAAAAACCGUAUCAAAGGGGCCGAUCAUGAGAUUCGACGCCACUACCUCUCAACCGCUGCAACAACCACACACCGAUCCUCUAGUGGUCACCCUCAAAGUCGGGCAAAUGAAGGUCAAGAGAGUAUUGGUAGACACCGGAAGCACGGCCGACCUCAUAACCAUGGAGUGCCUAAGAAAAAUGAAAUUCGAAGAAAAGCACUUGCAGCCUCUCGACAAACCAUUGAUUGGGUUUGGAGGUAAUCAGGUCAUUCCACUAGGCACGAUCAUUCUACCCGUAAGGGUGGGGGAAAGAAACAGAAGCAGGGCCAUGCCCGUACGAUUCACGGUAGUGGAUCUCACAUUCCCCUAUAAUGCCAUCAUGGGGCUCCCGCUCAUCAACAAGAUAAAGGCCGCGAUCUUUCCUCAUCAACUCCUGUUGCAAUUCGAACAGGAUGAUGGCCGGGUGGGCGUCCUUAAAGAAGACCAAGUAACAGCCCGACAAUGCCUCGUGAAUACCCUGAAGCGAGAAACAUCCGCCACUCCCUCCAAGAGAAAGAGGGAAGAAGAGUCUCCAACCGUCAUGAGCGUAUACACGGACGGUCCCAAUAGCCACGAAAGGCCUCAUCCCGUGGAGCGAUAUGAGGAGACGGAAAUUUUCGACGGGAAGUAG